AUGACAGUAACAACAAGACUCUCUCUUGCGGGUGGACGCGAGGAAAGGUCACAGCAGACGCAGCUGCCACGCAAGAAACAUGCGAAGCUAUUCCACAAAAAGUGUAGGACCGGCUGCCAGCGUUGCCGAGUCCGUCGAGUCAAGUGUGAUGAAGCCAAGCCAAUCUGUAACAACUGCACGCGGCUUGACUUGGAGUGCGGCUAUGGACCUCUUCCCAUAGUUCCGAGCAACAUUGAAUCAGGUUCAACAUCAACUAGUACAGAAGCUGGUGACAGUCUGGUUGAUAUAGAGGGCAUACGCCCACUCCCAGAAACAGAGGCUCGACGAAAACUUGAGCUCGAGCUGUUUUAUCACUACUUCACCGAAACUGCCCCAACCGUUGGCGGAGACAAGUUCGCCCAAAGUUUCAUGGGCCCAGUCAUAUGCUGCGCGGCAUUGAAAUCAGAUGCCGUGAUGCAUGGAGUCUGCAUGCUGUCGGCACUUCAUAAGGCGUACAAAUCCAAUUUCAUGGAUACGCAACACAUGCAGCAUUAUUCCACGUAUCUCAACCUAACUCUUCAAUCGCACCACCAGCACGUGUUGCAUCUCGAUACCGACAAUGUGGAUUUCUCAUGCUUAGCGUCUACUACGCUUCGGGUGUAUGGAUACGUUCGACUACAACGUCGUUCGUUGGUACCAUAUACUCCCCCUAUUGAGUGGCUACGCAUGUCAAACACCAGCAAUAUUGUGUUUCGCAAGGCCCUAGCCUUGAUUGAGCAGAACCCUGAUUCUCUUAGCGGCAGAUUGAUGCUGGAGAUAUCUCAACACUUGGAUGAAAAGCAGAGGAUGGAAGAUACAAACGAAUUGCUGUACCUAUUACGACGCCAGGAACCUCACGAACUGGAAGAAGAAUGGGACGACGAAGUCUACUACGUCUACAAGCGCACGCUGAGCUGCUUGGGCUGUAUCUGGAAGCACAGAUUCGACCACUCUCCACCUCCCGGCCUCUCUCGAAGGCUAAUCCUCUUCCCCAUGAUUGUGGACGCUCAAUUUGUAGACUAUGUGGCGCAGAAGCGACCGCGGGCACUGAUCAUCAUGGCUCAUUACUUCACACUUUUGGCUCUUCACCGCAGCCUUUGGUAUAUCGGGGAUACUGGACUACGUGAAGCGAGGGCCAUUGCGGCUGAGUUGCCACUUGAGUGGCAGGGCAUGUUGAUACAGCCACUGGAAAUACUAAAAGAUCCUUCAUUAUUAUGCGAUGUUUCCCAGGAGAGAUUAGUUUAG